GGGAAGAACCAACUUUAAAAAUUACUUGUUUCUAGAACGGGGGAUAUAAAAGAGGCAGAAUCACAAUAUAAGUUACAGUUCAUCGAAAAACAGGUCUGAGAACUCCACAAAAUAUUCACUUCGUCAAUAAAGCAAAAUGAGAAGUUUUGUUUUUGUAACUUUAUGUCUGGCUGUUGUUGCUGCCAUACCCUUAGACGUUGUUGAAGACGUUGAUGGACAACAAUACUAUAUUGUUCCCAUCCAUCGAGAAAAAAGACAAACCCAGUGGGGCAUUUCAAAUUCAGGUUAUGGAGCUAGUCACACAGGGACACUAUACGAAAACGAUCGUCACCGAUUUGAUGGAACCGCAUCCGCCAGUAAAAAUUUUGGAUCACACGGACUCAGACCUGACCAAGUUGGUGGCCGAGUUGACUACAGCCACAUACCAUCCGGCUCGUCUGCCUUCAUAGGAGCAGAUAACACGCGUGGUUAUGGUACAGAUGUUGCCGCUGGUUUAAAGUAUAACAUUCAUCAAGGUAAAAAUCAUGGAGUAGAUCUGACCGGACAAUACGGCAGACAUUAUGGUGGACCAGGUGGAACCGGAAAGCCUGAAGCUGGUGUAUUUUUGAAUGCUCAUGCAGAUUUUUAAAAAGAUUGCCAAUACAUUUAAAAUUAUUGAUUUA